UAACUACGAAGGAAACUACGGAACCAAAAAUUAGAAACUACUACAUCAAACCUUCAGUUUUCACCUUCAUCGGUGACACCUACCGGCCAUUUUUUCUCUCUCUAAAAACACCAUGAGUGCGCAGCAACGCCAUGCAUCUCUCGCUCUACGAACGUUGGAUGAAAUUCGGCAAAAAAGAGCUGCAGAAAAGCUGAAAAAAGCUUCUUCUGGAUCAGAUCUUAGCACUUCUUCUAACCCACCUGAUAAUGGUGGGAUGAGAAAAUCUGAGAGCAAUUCCAGAAUUUCUGAGAAUGACAUUGGUAGCUUAGUCGCACAACUAAACGAUCUGCAGAAGAGGAAUGCCGAAUUUGAAGAUGAGAACAAGAGACUGAGUUCCAAGCUUCAAGCAAAGGAAGUGGACUGUGAGACGCUGCAAAGUCGUCUAAAUGAUUUGGAGCAAAAUGCAGUACCAUCUUUGAGGAAAGCGCUCAGGGAUGUUGCAAUGGAGAAGGAUGCAGCAGUUGUAGCACGGGAGGAUCUCUCAGCACAGAUUCGGACACUGAAAAAGCGUUUAAAGGAGGCCGAAGAAGAACAAUACCGAGCUGAAGAAGAUGCAGCUUCUCUAAGAGCAGAACUCAAUUUGGUUCAGCAACAAGCAUUGAAUGAUUCUGCUGGUGGCAGGGCUGCUAUGGGAAGCUCACCAGAUCACUUUUCAUUGGAAAAGGAGUUAGCUAACCUGAAAUCUGAAUUAGAAAGAGAGUCAAAAUUGAGGCAUCAAGAGCAACAAAGGUUAGUAGAAGAGCAAAUCCGAGUUUCUACACUUGUGUCUGAAAAGCAGGAUUUGGAAUUGAUGCUCAUAGAUCUGAAAAAACAAACAUCAGAAGAUGUUGGCGCGAAAACGUCAUUGGAGGCAUUUACUUUGCAAGACAAGGAAAAGCUGGAGGGUCAGUUGCAUGAUAUGGCAGUUAUGGUUGAGAGGUUAGAAGGUGGGAGGCAGAAGCUUCUGCUAGAGAUUGAUUCACAAUCUUCAGAGAUAGAAAAACUCUUUGAGGAAAAUUCAAAUCUGUCAUCUGCUUAUCACGAGGCUGUGGGGAUGGCAUCACACUGGGAGACUCAGGUCAAAGAAUGUCUCAAGCAAAAUGAAGAGCUCCGUGGAAUGCUAGACAAGUUGAGAACCGAACAGAUCAAUAAUAUGUCACCAAAUGGGGGGAAGAUGAUUGACGACUCAUCCACAACUGAGUAUGGGAAACGUGAUACUGGAUCAGCUGAUUACACAGAUGAGUUUUUGAACCUCAAGGGUCAACUACUCAAGGAACAAAGCAGGGCAGAGGGUUUAGCUGCAGAAGUCAAUCAGCUUUCUUUGCAACUGCAACAAACAAUACGAGCAUAUAACGGUCUUGCACGCGUCUACAAACCAGUAUUGCGAAAUAUUGAGAGCGAUCUAACGAAGAUAAAGCAUGACGGAGCACUCCUUGUGAAGUGAUACAGCAAAAUGCGUCCUCCAUAUGUUGUAUUUCCUGUUGCAGUGAAAAUGUACAAUUGACAACAAAAAUAGAAUUGAGAUAUUGAUGUACUUGGAGAGUUUCUUAUGUUUUACAUCAUGUUUUUAACGUGUUCUUUCCUGGAACUACAUUGUUGUGUAUUUGUGGUAUAGUAUUACAGAAAGAAACAAUGGAAUUGGUAGAUUUCUCUUU